AUAGUGUACGCACAGCAACCCUCUUAAGUCUUAACCACCAACUAUUUAGGUUUCCGUGGCUAGAAAAAGUCUUCAUAAACACCAAGACAUCGUUGAACUUCAUGCAAACUGAUUAAGCACCUUACGCAUGGCCAUGGAGGUCUCGUUCUCGCAUGCCUUGCUCUUAGCUUCUCUUCUCCUCCUCCUUUACUUGCUCUGCUAUCGUGGCAAGAACUCCUCUAGCAAUGGCAACAUCCCGAGCCCACCAGCGCUCCCCGUCCUCGGCCACCUCCAUCUCCUCAAGAAGCCGCUGCACCGCUCUCUCGCCGCACUCGCCGUGCGCCACGGCGGCGGCCGGGGCGGCGCCGGUCUCCUCCUUCUCCGGUUCGGCACAAGGCCGGUCCUCCUCGUCUCCUCCCCGGCCAUUGCCGAGGAGUGCUUCACCGUCCACGACGUCGCGCUCGCGGAUCGCCCGGGGCUUGCGUCGCGGCGGCUGCUCAGCGGCGAUGAGUGCCCCAGCAUCGCCGGCGCGAGCUACGGUCCGGCCUGGCGCCACCUCCGCCGCAUCGCCAACGUGCAUGCGCUCUCCGCGCACCGCCUUUCGUUGACGACCUCCGCGCGCGACGCCGAGGCCCGCGCCAUGGCGCGGAAGCUCUGGCGGGCCACCCGUCUGGGCGCCGCCGCGGUCAGUGUGAAGCUCACGGCGUACGAGUACGUUGCUAACGUGAUCAUGGCCAUGGUCGCCGGGAGGCGCAUGGCGGAGGACGAGGUCCUCCGGUUCAAGGCGAUGACCGAGGCCGGGUUCGCGGCGGCGGGUGCGGCGAACCGGCACGACUUCUUGCCACUGCUACGGCUGCUGGACUUCGGAAGGACGAGGAGGAGGCUCGCCGGCCUGGCGAAGGAGCGGUACGAGUUCGGCCAGAGUCUCGUCGACGAGUACAGACGCAUUCACCACCGUCACGAUGCCGGCGGUGCUGCCACCGAGGACACGACGUCGACGCCGGCGCAGAGAACGGUGAUCGGGGACCUGCUCCGGCAGCAGGAGGGGUCGCCGGAAUUGUACGCCGACGUGGUCAUCCGCACAAUCUGCCUGAGCUUGCUUCAAGCCGGGACAGACACGUCAUCUAGCACGAUUGAGUGGGCAAUGGCUCUCCUACUUAACAACCCCCUUGUUCUUGUGAAGGCGAAGGAGGAGAUCGACGUCAUUGUGGGGACAUCCCGUCUACUCGAGGAGCGUGAUCUCUCAUGCCUCCCCUACCUUCAUGGCAUCAUCACCGAGACCCUUCGGAUGUACCCUAUCGCACCGCACCUUGCCCCGCACCAAGCCUCCUCUGACUGUGUCGUUGCUGGUGGGCGGUACAUCAUCACAUGCGGAACAAUGAUGUUGGUUGACGUGUACUCCAUGCAACGGGAUCCUACCUUGUGGAGUGACCCGGAUAUGUUCAUGCCGGAGAGGUUUGAGGUUGACAAUGACAUUGCUGAGGACGGUGACAAACAGAUGGUGAGGAUAAUGCCAUUCGGCAUGGGCCGGCGGAAGUGCCCUGGUGAGGGACUAGCAUGGAGGACGGUGGGGGUAGCGCUUGGGGUAAUGUUACAAUGCUUCAGGUGGGAGCGGAUGGGGAAAGAGGAGGUAGACAUGAGAGAGGGAUCGGGGUUCACGAUGCCCAUGGCUAUGCCACUAAUGGCGAUAUGCCAACCCCAUGAAGAAAUGAACGAAAUUCUCGAGAGGAUAUAGAAAUUCGGUUAUUCCAGCAUUGUACCCUUGCAAAGCCAAUCAAAGAAGAAACACCAUUUACAUCCAA